AUGGAUAAAAAUGAAGGAGCAGAAGGGUUGUUCGCAUGUUCGAAAUGCCAUGGGCGAUUUGCUUUUGAAGAAUUGAGCCGAAGUGAGCAUCUAUGCAAAGUUAGUCGAAUAUUUUACUAUUUUCCUGAGAUAUGAAAAAUUGUGAAUUGUAUAGUCGUUGAUUUAUCGUAGAUGUAUUCAAAUUAACUUUGAUUUGUCAGAUUUGUAGAAUGUGUAAAUAAAUCCGUCAUUUGGAAUAUUUUAUUAUUCGUAUGCCCUCAGGGCCUGUUUACAUGAGAUUUGACUAAUUCACAGGCGUUUGUUGCAGGUUAGGCUAGGUGUUGAGGUUUUAUUAAGAGAUUAUGAAUCCGGAUGCCAAGUUUAUUAUUUGACAUCACCUGUAACGAGCGCCCGCGAGUUAGUCAACCCAGUUCUCAUGAGCCCAGCUAAUAACCCGGCACUCGACCGAGUAGUAUUUGCAUCCCAGUGUGGAAAGUUUGUAUUGCACGACUGAGAUAUUGGGCACAGAAUUUUCAUGCUUUUUAUAUAUUUACUAUUAAAUUUUCAAACUUUCCACUCAGGUUUGCAUGCCUUUUGUUUAUGUAAUAACGCAGAUACAUGUGUUCAUAUGAGAAACGAGCCAGCUGGGCUAGGUGGGAUUUCAGUCAAGUGGGAUGAAAAUUUCCAUAUGAAGGCUCAUCUCAUCUGACCUAAACAGAUAAUAUUCAAGUCGUAGUACAAGGUGCAGUUUGUAUAGGUAAUAGUAUGGUUUCGAGAGUGCAAUUUGGAAAAAAAAAUGCUUGAGUGAGUUUUUCAAAGACUACCAAGGAUGAGUGCAAUUUGAAGUCUUUGAAAAACUCACGAGUGUAUGUUUUAAUAUUCAAGUCGUAGUACGAGGUGCAGUUUGUAUAGGUAAUAGUAUGGUUUCGAGAGUGCAAUUUGGAAAAAAUAUGCUUGAGUGAGUUUUUCAAAGACUACCAAGGACAAGUGCAAAUUUGAAGUCUUUGAAAAGCUCACAAGUGUAUGUUUUUUGAAAAACUCACGAGUGUAUGUUUUUCAAAUUGCACGAGAAACCAUACUAUUACUUAUUAUUAAUGUUUUUCAAAUUGCACGAGAGACCAUACUAUUACUUAUUAUUAAUAAUAUACAUGAAAAAAUUAUGUAGUCACAUUUUAAAAAAUUGUAUUUCUUUUUUUUGCACUAUAUUUAAAAUAAAAUGCACUGCUCUUGGCCAGUCAGAAUUGAGAAAUUUUUUCAUGUAUAUUAUUAGUUUCAUUACAACAAAAAAUAUUUUGAAUAUGCCACGUUUACAUAAAGUCAUCCCACCGAGGCAGGAUAAGAACAGUCUUAUGAACACAGAUAUCAUUCAUGCUGCCACUAUUGGCCAUGAAUUUCAGUAUGUUAAUAUGUCACCAAUUUGGCUGUGUUUUAGGAUUGUCGACAGGCUCAUCCGACAGCUUGCUGCAUCUACUGUCGUUUGGAAUUCCAUAUGACGAAGUAUGACAGCUUUUAAAUUAUAACAAUUGUAUUUUGUAAUAAAAUUGUUGAAUCUCUGAAAUAAAUCACUUAGCCGUACCCAACAGAACCUUUGAACGGAACCUUGCCCUUUUGUGGGCGUUCGAUAAAUUUUAUGGGUAUACUGAGUGUAUGUAUUUCUAGAAAAAAGGAGAAAAGUCCAGUUUGUCCCAAAUGUGAUAGCUCAUUGGCAAUUCAUGGACAGGUAAUACAUAAUUUGAUACAUGGAGGUCUAGUGUACUGUAGGUAGUAUUAUCAAUGAAUUAUCAAAAUGCACUCACCAUGUUCCUAGCCAGUGCAGUUAUGAGUGGCAUUCACCCCCCUGAAGAUCCACCAUUUUAAAUAUUCUCAAGGGGGUGAAUGCCUCUCAUAAGUGCACUGGCUAGGAACAUGGCAACAACAUUACACCAAAGUCAUGGGCAAAACCACGACGUCGACUUUCUGUAACGUUCCUAUUCUGUGAUAAUGUACGUUUAAUUUUUUCAUAUCAACGUUAACCUUGUUGAAAUUAUGUUGACAAUUUCACAGUUGGCUGUUAGCCAAUCAGAAAUCGUUGGUUCUUGUAAAUAAUAAUGCUUAUUUGUUCAAUUUUUCAGCCAAAGUGUUGUCAGUAUUGCAAUCUAAGAGCUGCAUUUGGAGGACCACAUUGUAACAGGUUUGAGUGCCAUGUCAUGUCUUUUAUUAUUAUUUAUACAAAACUACAAUUUUAGCCCAAUCUAGGGCAAAAUGUGGUUAAGCAGUUCAUGAGUUUUAACAUUUGAAGUUUUAUUUUAUAUCAGAUGUAAAAGUUCUGUAAAGAAGUACGGUCCUCCUGUUCCAUGUGAGCAAUGUAAACUGACUUGCGCUUUCAAAAAACCUGAUGAGGUUUUAAAACGGGUAAGAAAAUUAAUGUUAGUGUAGUGUUAACCCUGUGCGUGGCAGCAUUCUCCAUUUGUCAAUUAAAACCAUCUGGUGUUAGACAGAGUAAAAUAAUGUAAGGCACAUUGAUCAGUGCACAUUUCCAUUUAAAUUAAAAGGUUAUUAGCAACGUUUCACACUAUACAGCUAGUAUCUCUGAGGGGAAAGCUUAGCCAAAAUGCUUUGUCUUGGUUACAGGUAAAUGGGAAACUGUUGUGCCUGCUGUGUACAAUAUCAUUCAAACGAAUACAACAUCGACAAAAGAAAGCCAACAAGCGCAAACAUGCAACUACAGAUUCAUCUGCUAAGGAGAAAAAUGGAGCGAAAGAUGCAAAAGUUUCAAAGAAAGCUACAAGUUCUGAUGAACGCAGCACUCCUGUUGGAGACAAUCCACUGAAGCAAUUUUACACUUCACAGCCCAGGUAUACAAAACAUUCCCUGACUUUCAGUAGAGCACCGACUGACUUUUUUCACAUUUAAGCAUCAUAAGUCCAUUGAAAACCCACAAACUCAGCUUGUUGAAAGGUGGCUGCUCUGGCCACUGAAGUAUCAUAAUUUUAGUGUCAUAUAUUGUUUGACAUCCUCAACAUUGUAGUGUACUGUAAUGUAACUUUGUGGUGAAGCAAUUUUUUUCUUUCAAGUGAAACUGCAACGGCUACAGAGCAAUUGGCAAGUGAUCAUGUGACAGAAUUAACAAAACUUCGCGAAGAGGUAGAAUUUGGAUUAUUUACUUGCAUGCAUUGUGCUUCGAGAAAUAUAAUAUCUAAUGAAAAAAUAGCACAAGUUUCUUAACAGAAAAUAGUCUACUGCAAACAGAACCUGAAAUAAUGGUUGGAUAUUACCCGACCAAAUUCCAGUUCCGACACUUACUGGCAGAAUAAAAUAAUAAAGUAGAGCAUAUUAGGUAAAGUAACUGACUAUCCUACAAUUGUCAUUCACCCGAAAAACUGAAGUGCUUUUGCUUUAUUUCAAGUAGUUCAGACCCAAAUCAUCACAAAAACUUCUGACAGCAUUUUGGGUUUGUAUUUAGAAAUGUCUGACUGUACAUAAUAUAAUUAUAAUUUUAUCUGCAGUUAGCUGGAAUGAAACGAAAACUGCAGCAAAAGGAACAAAUGUUAAUUGAGAAAGAAAAACAGCUUACUGAACUAAAGGCAGAGAAGUGGGAGAAAGAUAAAGAACAACGACAAAAGAUCAGCGCAAUUCAAAAAGAUAACAUGGAAAGACUUAAACUUAUACAGGUAAACUAUUUUUGUAUGAACUACACCUGGACCGAUAAGGAAUCAUAAGACUGAUACAGAAUCAUGAUGCUUUCUGGACCUCUGGGGAGAACUGUAGAACCGAUAGAGUUACAGUUUCUGGUAUAAAUAAAGCUCGAUUAAUUAAAGUUUUAUUUAUGCCUUACUUUGCAUCUUUUAAUUAAACAGGAAGAAAAUCGCAACCUCAAAAAACAGAUAUCUCAGUUGUCGAAAGGAUCCGCAAAGGCAGGCAGCUCUUAA